CUGAGGAGUACUAGCUGCUAACUCUUCGUCCUUGCACUCUGUUUGCUCAUAUCUUCCUCCUCCUCCUCACUCUGAACAGGGAAACCAGUCCAACUUGGAUAAUGAAAUGCGUGGAAGCAAACCAUGAUUACUAAGGAUUCUCACAUCUGGAUUUGCUUUUGUUACAGGUUGCCUAGGAAGUGCUGAUAACCACAGGUAGCAGAGACGGACAAUGCCGCUGACCCCUUCCUGGUAGUUAUGGCUGUGCCACUUCAUAGUAAGAUGACUGGAGUUGCCCUUCUGCAGCAGAUGCAGGCAAAUGAGCUUGAGAUGUUUAACAGUUCUUCCAUGAAGGUCCAGCUAGAACGACCUCUGAAUGACAUGUACCUGGAAAGCAGCCGGACAGGGCCUUUCACUUAUCCAGAGAGUACUUAUGAACUUACAUCUGUACCAGCAACAGGACCGAUAUAUAAUUCACCUGGUGUCAGCUAUGGUAAUAGUAAUGAAUCGCAUGGGUCAAGCAAUCUCGGAGGGCUACAUUCCCUGAACAGUAUGCCAGCAAGCCCAUUAGUGUUUUUACAGUCAGCACCACAGCUGUCUCCCUUUGUCCAUCACCAUCACCACAGCCAACAAGUGUCCUACUACCUAGAAAAUGAGCAAAGCAACUAUGGGGUGAAUGAUGCAGCUCCUGUGGCUUUUUUCAGGUCUAGUGUAGAUAGCAGACGACAAGCAGCCAGAGAUCGUCUCUCCAGCAUGAGUGAACAAUGCACACCUCCAGCAGGACCCACUGAAUCCAAUAAGGAGACUCGAUACUGUGCAGUAUGCAAUGAUUAUGCAUCUGGCUACCAUUACGGAGUCUGGUCUUGUGAGGGCUGCAAGGCCUUUUUUAAAAGAAGCAUACAAGGGCACAAUGACUACAUGUGUCCUGCCACCAAUCAGUGCACAAUUGACAAGAACAGAAGAAAAAGCUGCCAGGCCUGCAGGCUGCGCAAGUGUUAUGAAGUAGGAAUGAUGAAAGGAGGUAUUCGCAAGGACCGAAGGGGAGGUCGAAUGUUGAAACACAAACGUCGUAAAGACAAUCAGGACCAGAAAUCUAAUGUGGCCUCAGAUGGCAGACCAGCUGGAAUGUGGGAAGGCCCAAUCUUGAAGAAUGGAAAGAAGAGCGUGGUACAAAGUCUUGUAGCUGAACAGAUCAUUGGUACAUUGCUGGAAGCUGAGCCCCCCUCUGUGUUUUCUGAACAUGAUCCUAGCAAACCUUUCACAGAAGCUAGUGUGAUGGCUAUACUGACCAACCUGGCAGACAAGGAACUGGUACACAUGAUCACGUGGGCAAAACGGGUGCCAGGUUUUGUGGAUUUGUCACUGCAGGAUCAAGUACAACUCUUAGAAGGCUGCUGGUUAGAAAUUUUGAUGAUCGGAUUAGUCUGGCGAUCACUUGGUCACUCUGGGAAACUGAUGUUUGCACCAGACCUAAUACUUGACAGGAAUGAAGGAAAGUGCAUUGAUGGAAUUGUGGAGAUAUUCGAUAAUCUAUUGGCAGUAAUCUCUCGCUUCCAGACAAUGAAAGUCCAGUUUGAAGAAUACCUAUGUCUCAAAGCUCUCAUACUGCUUAACUCUAGCAUGCUUCCUUUUAUGUCUAACACUGUGGAGAUGUACAGUGACAAGGUCCAUAUCUGCAUGAUUGUUGAUAAAAUCCUAGAUACCUUAAUCCAUCUGAUGGCCAAGUCAGGCCUAUCUCUACAGCAGCAAUGCCGGCGGAUUGGUCAGCUGCUGCUUCAACUCUCACAUAUCAAGCACAUGAGCAACAAAGGUCUGGAUCACCUUUACAACUUCAAAUGCAAAAAUGUGGUGCCUCUAUAUGACUUGCUGCUAGAGAUGUUAGAUGCUCACCGGCUGCAUAGACUAGGGGGCAACAAGAAGGUGAUCCCCAAAGAGGACAGAACACAUCCACCACCAAAUGCCUCACGUCUAACCCCUUCUUUAUCAACAAUUUAUGGCAACAAGGAGGAAGCAGAAUUGAGUAGUUCAGCCUAAGGAUUCUAUUGAGCACUAGUGUCUCACAAAAAACACAACAGCCAACUACCUACAUAGAAAAUGCAUUACCUGUGCUUAAUCUUUGUUUUCCUCACAUGUUCAAAUCACACACUCCAGCAUGCUUCAAGUCAUCAAGGGUUUCAGUCUAUUGCUUCACAGGAAUGGGAUGAUCCUUCAUAGUACAAAUCUGGUUGGCAGGAUUUAUACAGCAAAGCUCACCUGUCCACUGCAUCUGCUACAACCAGCAAAUGACAUAGUUUGAUGUUCUGAUUUCAUUUAUUGUCACUUCAAUCAACUUUGCACGUUUAACAAUAUGCUUCUGUAAUAUGGUGCUCCAUCUGAAGGAUGACUGUAACUUACAUUUGCUCCCAUUAAAGCUGCCUGCAUUGGGACCACAGUGGCAUCCAUUAAGGCAAUUAUGCUAUCAGAAGGCCUACAUAACAUAUAUCAUUCAGUCAUCCCUCUGGUUAUCAACAGUUGUAAUGCCGUACUCAGUGAGGACAUGUCAUACUGAAGAGAUAAAACAAGAGCAUAGAAAUGUUAGCAUCCAUAUUAACUUGCUGAUUCACAUAUCAGGUUUUACACUUUAGGGUACAACUUAAUAGGGGAAAAAACUACUUAGACCUUAGAUUUAAGAAGGCUAAAAAAACAAAAAUGCAAAAUCAAAAGUGCCUGUUUUUGUAUGAUGGAUCUGAAAGUAAGCCUAAUUAGCACAUGCUGCUAAGAAGACAGUAGGUGUCCGAAAUGAAAUUUGAAUUCUCUUUUCCAUCUUCAACAUGACAUUAGACUGAGUGUUUUAUAAUAGCCUCACUUCAUUUUUUUAUUGGAAACAUCUUUACUUUGUACUUGCUUUCAUAGCAACUCCCAACACUUGCAUUAAUAUGUAGCCACUCGGCUUGGAUAAAGCAAAGAUUGCCCACAUGCUCAUAACAUAAAUGUAGUUUAGAAUUAUAACCAAUGUCAUGAGCUCCACUAGGAUAAACCUGUACAGUAAUCAGGCUUUAAAGUUGUGCGGUCACCUUCUCAACAUGUAUGAUGUACACUGACUUUCAUUUCCAGUUAUAUAUGAUUAAUCUGUAAACUCUUUGUGAAAAAUAACAGUCUGUUUUUCAAUGUUUCAGUUUCACUUGUUUACUCUUUUGCUCCAUACAGGCACAUCGUCACAACAAUGUAAUACAGGCUGCAGACACUAAUUUACAUAAGGUAGCAAAGCAUUCUGGGUAAUCAAAAAUAAGUUACUUCUUUAGAAGUGCAGUCACUUAAUUAUAUUUUGAUUUCAGUAAUAUAACAGAUGUAUGUUAAUCCUCAAAGUAAGGUAUUCUACCUGCAGCACAUAAUUGGUGACAUUUUUUGUCAUUGUGUCACAGUCCUGUCUUUCUGCAGUUGGUAGUUCAUAGGCUCAUAAGUUCAUAAGUGAUUACUUGGGCCUAGCCAUGGUUCCCAAAUGUAUUUGACAAGUUGCGAUGCCCUAGGGUUAUGUUAGGGAGGUAUAUAUAGGCUUAGGCAUGGGUGAUCAAGCAUUUAUAGGUUGACUCUAUCUACUUACUGAAGAUAUAGGUAUCAUACUCGGGAUGUAUUUCUGAUACCCCAUCCACUAGUCCAUGUUGCUCUUGCAUUGGGUUAGGGAAGAACUUUGCUUCACAUGAAUGAGAAUCCUGUUCCAGAAAAGAGGUAGUCUCUAAGACACAUACUUGUCCCUUCGAUUGGGUCUUUUUUAUGUUGCAGAUGAGGUUUAGGUCCCUAGAUUGGGUAAUUCUGAUACUAUUUGUUUUGCAGACUUGAAACAGGUCCAUCAGAGCAGGAUCAGAGGAUACAUUGUAGACCAGGCAUAGAUCCCCUGUCAGCAAUUUGUAGGAGACUAUGUACAGGGAUAGGGCUGAGAGGCGAUGAACUUAGGACAUGCUAUUUAGACCAUGUAUUCUUUUUGUAAGUAUCCUCUGUGGAAUCUACAGUUGUAGCAUGUGCCUGGUCAUGUACAUACCAAAGGGGGAGUUUUACUCAAUGAUAGGUCUGAUAAGGGUCAAGUACAGUGGAACAAUGACAUCCUAGGACCUAGAUGCCAUAUUUGUGCUUAUAAGUUGUUCAAAUAUAGAAUGAUUUCCUUAGUACUGUAGACACCUGAUGGUCAAAGGCAGGUUACUGUUUAUAUGAGUUCCCCGAUCCCUGACCACUGGGUCUACUCUUAGGGGUGUAUUAUCAAUGUGGAACUUUCUAGGAGUAGCUGUCUUCUCAAAGUGUAAGCUUGUAUAUACACUAGUCAAUACACUAAUUUAGGUAGUGAGGUAUUCUGGUUUCAUUUCAUCAUAAUGUAAUAGUAGUAUACAGUAACUGCUGCACAAUUUUCAGGGGGCUGUCGUUAGAAACAAAAUUGCAUGAUUUCUGCACAAAACCAUAUCAAUUGGUACUAUACCUGGCUGUGGUGUUAUUCCCAAUUCUGUAACAUUCUUGUAACAAAAAAAGCAAAUAACAUACCAUUAAAGGAAAUGUUAAACAGUCUGAGCUCAGCCUGAUAUCCACUGUAUUUUUAAAUUGCACUAUAAGUCAGUCGAACACAAACAUUUGUGAAGAGGUUUUGUACAUUUGUUUUUGUUUGGUAUGCACACAAAAAUCACAUAUCACAGGAACCACAGCCGAACUGAGUGAAUUAACAACGGACAUGUUUACUGCAGAUUAAUGCUCCUGUCUGUGAAGUAAAAUGUUUUAUGUUCAACUAUAGAAUUGGUAUCUUAAAAUUCAAAGUGAAGCAUGUAAGCAGGGCGCAUUCUAGAAGGCUGUAUUAUCAUUCUGUGUUCAUAAAGUCUGUUCUACAUCAGUGCAUGCAGGUUUGUAUGCAAAAUCAGCCAGCACACCAGACUCAUUCAAUAAAUUUAUAGCUUAAGUACAUGGGCUAUAUUUCUUCAUCUGUUAACCAUAUGGAUCCAUUGAAGGCUAUAUGACACUAUGAAAGAGAUGGAAGCUACUGCUCUUUUCCUUGUUUGCAUUGUCUCUCCAUGCAUCCUUGUUUUGGUUAUGUUCAAUCCACUUCACAGUUAGUAAGAAUCCUGGCAGGCAAUCAGGCCUCAGUUUUGGUCGGCUGCAGAAGUCUGUGGAAUGUCAGGGAACUAGCAGAUGUAGUGUCAUUUUAAACAUGCUGAAAAAAUCUGAACUGUUUUGGUAGCAGUGAUAGGCAGAACAGGCACCUUUCUGAAAUUUUCUAGAAAUUAGUGGAUCAAUUUGCAAUGUAUGACAUAGGUAGUGCAAUUGAAUGUUUUGCUGUAGUGCAUUUUUUUCUGUAUCUCAUAUCAACCUCCACAUUAUAAAACACAUAACUUUCCUAGAUUAUCAGACGUCUGUAAUAUAUGCUGGUACUGUUUUAUAAGCCAUAUAGUUCCCUGAUAUUUAAUUCACCUUAUUACAACCCCAGAGUAUCUGGCUGCAGAAGCUCCCAUGUUUCUUGACUCAGUUCAGGUGCAAAUUACCUUUUAUGCUACAAGAUUAAAGGGCUGCAGGUUCAAUUUCCAAUCUAGGUGAGUGGAUCAAUUUUCAUUUGCUGACAAUGUAGUGCAGCAUUCUGGUGUGCUGCACCCCCUGAGUGUGCUAUCCUUCAAGGAAGACAUUGAACUGAAGUCCCAUCUGCCCGAGUUGGUGGUAGCUCAGGUGAAUGUAAAAGAUCCCAGACAUUUAUGGAAAAGAACAGGAUUCCUUUAUUUAUGAAUAUUUGCAUAUAUUCAUACAUUCACAAUUCACAUAUUUGCAAAUUUACACAUCAAAACCUUUACAUAUUUACACAUUUCCCAAAUCAUUUCUUUAAAACAUAAAAAUAAUAAUCAGUCACACUGAUUUUAAACAUAUACAAAAUCCAUCAUAUUUAGAAAUUACAAAACAAGUUUAACCCCACAACACAUUGGGGGGGAUUCAGUAAUCCUCCAUGUAGGACGAACGAAGUCCUACUCGGAGACUGCCGUCUAAGAGUUAGACAUCAGCGCGUCAUGCAUAUGCAUGCGGGUGCGCUGACUCAACUCCUAGGCUAACACGGAGCAUGUAGGAGUGCAGGGGGCAUGUCAGACUGCCGAGCAGUCCAAAUAUCCACUCCCCUGCAAGUGCCAAACCCUGCAAAUGUCAGCAGAUAUGAGCAAGUCCGCUCAAAUGUGUAUACCCCCAACACUACACUCCUGCACAUUAAAAAGCCCUGUACAAAUGAAAUAAAAUGUAAAACAAUUUGUUUUUAUUAUUCACCAUAUAGCUGCCCAUAUUUGCGCGUGUAUGCACGGGUGUGCUCAUUGCUUAGCUGCAAUUAGCAGUGUAGACAUCAAAGAGGAUAAUAAACCACUUAUAUGCAAAUUAAGCCAAAUAGCAAUAGUGUAGUGGCAGAGCUUUCGCACAAAUAGGAAGCAUUCCUGGUUCGAGUCCCACCACUCCCCUCUCGUUUUUCAGUAGGAAAUCUGUGCAUCAAAAUAAAUCCUGACAUUUACCUUUUAAAUUAUAUUAAAAUGCAUCAAAAUGGCCUAUGUAGUAGUGAACGUUAUUUUAAAUAUAUAUAAGAAAGUGAAACAUUCAUGCAUAAUAAUGAAUGCAUAAAUAACUUAUCUUAAGCAAUGUGAAGCACUGCUAAGCAACAUUUACCAGUAUUAAGCACAUUUAAGAAUAAUUGCCCAUAGCUAAGCACUGCUUUAACUAGCGCAAUAUAAUUGCCCAUAGCUAAGCACUGCUUUAACUAGCGCAAUAGCUUUGCAUGGAGCUGCGCAUCGUGUCAACUAGCAAAAACCAAACAUGUUUGUGCAGAGGUGCGCACCGCGCUAACUAGUGCAACAUUGGGCAACGUAGGGCAAUGUAGAGCAACGUUGGGCAAAGUUGAGCAAAGUCGGCUAAACACAGCCACACCCCCUACUGGCCAGGCCAGUAGUAAAAUAAAAAAGCAAUGACAGGUCCUUAACCCAGGAUAGUGUUCACCAUAAUCACAGUACUAAUCCACUAAGCCAUGACAGAAUUUGAUGUUCAUGGACUGUCAACACACAUAUACAUAUGGAUCAAAGUUUACCCAGUGCUAAGCAGGUGUGCACUCAGUUGAGAACUUUCAAAUCCGGCCAAUCAAAAAUAAGUGUGAGAAGUGAGGCAUAUUUAAGUUCCAUAGGUGGGAAUACUCACCAUAACUGGUUGCAGCUCCCAUCUGCAGGCAGCAAUGGCUGGUGUCAGAGAGGGCUCUUGCUUCCAAGCGCAACAGUGGGGCAUUGAGGAGUCAAAACUGAUGGUUUGGCUCCUCAUCCAUUGUCAUGAUGCUAGACUCCUGCAGGGCCAGUUCCAGGGCACGGAAUACAAAGCAGAGGCCUGGAACCGUCUCACACAUGAACUCACCAGUGCCACAGGCGUCCCUUAGACUGGUGAGCAGGUCAGACAUCACCAUGCAGACCUGAAGAGAUGCAAGCAGGACCUACUGAACCAAUGGAUACAGGAGGCCCAUGGGAUGCAAAAUGCCCCACUACUG